CUUGUCAAGCGAUUUGAUAAGAAAACCGCUCGAAAGAUUAUCGAGGGCACCGUGGCUUUUGAGGAUGGAAAACUUUACGACAAAUCUCUAUCGAAAGCCAUCGUUGCCAAGGUUUGGCCAUGGCUAGCCCAGCUCGUUUUUGUAAAUUUCUUGGGCCAGAUGCUACGUGUCACCGCACCUUUACUCACCCGCCAGAUUCUACUGGAAAUCACAAGGGCUCAUGCUACUCAAACGACCAACAAAGGCUCAAAUCUCUCUGUCCCGAUUGAGCCCCCACGAUUGUGGCUUGGCAUCUCUCUUUCAGUGCUCUUGCUCUUCUGGCAAUCAAUCGGAAGUCUUUGCCUCAUCAACACCGCCGGACGCUCGUCAACGCUUGGCGUCACGAUAGGCUCUGCGGUGAGUGUAGUCGAUCUGAUAUCGAUCAGUAGAUCACUAAUAUACGAAAGGCGUCUCUCGGCUAAAUCUCGAACACAACAUACCAAUGGUCGUUUGCUCACUUUAUUCUCCUCGGACGCUGCCACAAUGGGCAACAAAGUGGGUUAUGUCCUCUCGGCAUUUUCCCAGCCUCCACAGGUGUGUAUGGGACUGGGACUCGUCUUAUGGCUUUUGGGUCCCACCGCCUUGGUUGGCGUAGCAGUGCUGGCCGUGAUAGGGCCUCUGCAAGCUUGGGGAUUGAAACGCCUUCUUGGACUACGCCGACAACAAGAAGCUGCCGUCGAUAGACGAAAUAGGCUUCUAUCUGAAGUCAUCACCAACAUACGAGCCGUCAAGGUGUAUGCUUGGGAGGCUAUCUUCGGACACAGAAUCUCGGAAAUGCGAAAGGUGGAAAUAGCUUACCUUCGACGGUACUCUCUUUAUCGAUCUGCGGUAGUGGCUUUAUCCGCAAUAGCUCCUGUCGCCGCUUCGGUCCUCACCUUCAUUGCUUAUGCACUGGCUGGAAACAAACUCGACCCAGUGGUAGUAUUCACAGCCCUGCAUCUGUACAUCGCUCUGCAACGGCCUGUAAUGGUGUUACCGAAGAGUUUUGCAGCAAUUCUUGAUCUUAAAGUCAGCAUUGAGCGCAUCGGUCUGACACUCGCUGCUGAGGAACUUGUUCAUGACAUUGUCAUUGAUCCUACUGCUUUACCUGCUAUCGAUGUCGAAGGACAAUUCCAAUUUGAUGAGGUGGCACCACACGAACGAGAGCAGACCAGGAAUCAGAAUGACUCGCCGGAGUUGUUUGACCAAACCCCCAUCCUGGCAUCUAAACAACCAUUUGCCCUUCGUGGGUUGGACUUGAAGAUCCCUCAGGGUGCCCUUGUGUGUAUCGUGGGAAGGGUAGGGACCGGCAAAAGUGCUUUACUCACGGGACUCAUCAACGAAAUUCGCCAAACUCAUGGUCAUGUAAUUUUCAAUGGUCAGGUAUCUUACGUACCACAGGAAGCAUGGGUACAAAGUGGUACUGUCCGCGACAACAUCACCUUCUCCUCCGAGACUGUUGAUAUCGAUUUUGACCGUGUUGAUCAAGUGAUUGAUGCUUGCGGGCUCCGUUUCGACCUCGAGCAAUGGGCAGAAGGUGAUCUAACUCAAAUUGGCGAGCGUGGUAUCACCCUAUCAGGCGGACAGAGACAAAGGAUAUGUCUGGCCCGCGCUGCCUACGCCUCUUCCUCAAUCGUACUCCUUGAUGAUCCCUUGUCAGCAGUCGAUGCUCACAUUGGACAUCACUUGCUGGAAAACCUCAUCAUGAACGGCCCUCUCGCCAAUCGUACUAGGGUUUUGGUCACUCAUAAUCUUGAGGUUCUUCCCCACGCCGACAUGAUCCUGGUCAUGGAUCGAGACGAGUUUGGUGAUGGACGUAUUGUUCAGCAAGGAUCUUAUGAGGAAUUACGACAAACAGAAGGGAUCUUUCGCAACCUGGUCGACGAAUUUGGCUCCGCGUCCCAACGACAGGCCGAUACGGCCUCGCCUUCCGAAGAGCAAGAGGUCUCGACAGGCGAGAAAUCCCGGCAACCCACUGAUGUAUCCAAGGGUCCAGAGACUAGCACUAAGCUUAUGCUGGACGAGGAAAGAAAUGUCGGUACCGUCUCCUGGUCUUGCUAUCUUUAUUGGGUGUCUUCCAUUAAGAGCUGGCCAUGGGUGUCGACUGCUUUGUCGGCCCUUCUUCUGGAACAGGCUAUUUCCGUCAUGGUCAGCCUGUGGCUCGGGUUUUGGAGCAAUGGGCAAAUUCAGUCCUUUACGCAACGGCAAUACGUGAGUGUCUAUGGCGGUGAAGGUCGAGAGAUCCCUUACUCUGUCCAGGCGACCGGAUGGUACUCUAUGCUCUAUUGUGGGACCCGAGCCAGUCUUGACAUGUUCAAUGGUGCUUGGAAUAAUGUCAUGCGGACUUCUGUAGGAUGGCAUGAUCGCACCCCAGUGAGACCUCUGACUGAUGUGUACCAGGCCGGACGCAUCAUGAACCGUCUGACCAAGGGUGAGUGCCAUUCGUUGCUAUCAGAUGACUAUGUUCUGAUCACGUCAGACAGUGUUAUUCUCAGUUUCUUUGGCACAAUGUUUCUGGUCGCCUUGAUCUAUCCCGCUUUGGUGGUCAUAUUUGUUCCCGUUAUAAUAAUAGACUAUCUGGCUUUGACUUACUACCGCCAAACCUCGCGCGAACUGAAGAGAAUCCACGCGAACGCCCGCAGUGAAGUAUUCACGACUUUCAGCGAGCAAAUUUCCGGAUUGUCAGUCAUCCGAGCAUUUGGAAGGCAGAACAGAUUUAAAGGUCGAUUUCAGGAAGCGGUCGUCACAGAGAAUGUGACAGCUGACGAUUCUUCCAGGUGCAUCGGUCCCAAGUUGGUAGUUUCAUGCCAAUUCCUUGUCAUGUCAAUUGCCUUGUUCGGUGUGCUUUCCGGGGACCGAGUCAAUGCCGCCCAGGUUGGCGCCGUCCUCGUAUACGUGAUCGGUAUGACAUCCACCCUAAGUGGUGUCGUCGAUGCCGUCGCAAAGAUAGAGACGGACAUGGUAUCUACUGAUGCACAGAACAACGUGGAGCGUAUCAAAUACUAUAAUGAGCUAGAGCUCGAAGCUCCACCUCGUCUACCUUCCGACCCCCCAACCUCUUGGCCUUCGAAGGGAGAAGUCCAGUUCGACCACGCGUCUCUUCGUUACCGCCCCGAGCUCCCUAUGAUCCUCAAAGAAGUCAGCUUUACUGUUCGUCCGGGUGAAAAAGUUGGUAUUGUUGGGCGAACAGGAGCGGGUAAGAGUAGUCUUGCUCAAGCCCUUUUCCGCACUGUAGAGCUGGUCGGAGGGACUAUCAGGGUAGACGGAGUUGAUAUUCGUCACGUUGGGCUUGACACUCUUCGAGGUCAAUUGGGUAUCAUCCCUCAAGACGCUUUCCUCUUUGGUGGUUCUGUUCGAGAUAACCUCGAUCCAGGAGGAGAUCGAACUGAUCAGGAACUUAACUCGGCAUUGGAGUUGAUACAUUCUAGCGCAUCUGCUAGCUCUACCCUCAGGGAGAAGUUCAGAUUGGACGCUGAGGUCUUAGAUGGAGGUGCUAACUUUUCUGCAGGGGAGAAGCAGCUUCUCGCCUUGAUGAGAGCACUAGUCCGAGGUUGUCGUGUACUUCUUUUGGAUGAAGCUACGUCUUCAGUGGAUCCUGAGACAGACGCUCUUAUUCAGCGCAUCAUCCAGACGUCUUUCUCAGAUGUGACGCUCAUCUCAAUCGCUCAUAGACUGCAGACGGUGGCGUUCUACGAUCGGAUCUUAGUUCUUGAGCAUGGCGAGGUGACCGAGUUCGACACCCCUCUGCACCUUUUCGACCGAUCUGAUGGGAUAUUCCGAGGGUUGUGUGAGAAAAAGGUGAGUACUCAGCCUUUUUCUUCUUUAUUCUCCUACUGA